UAAUUUAAAACACUCUCAUUAAUUUUACACACUCUGUUUAUUUACGCACACUCAUUACACACACUUAGUAUUUUUUGCAGAUAAUAUGGAUUCUGAAUAUCAACAACGUGUCCCACCUACUGCUUCAAAUAGACGACGUCGUGAAUUGGAUGUAGACCAUGAACGGGGACAAAGGCGUGCGCGAGGACGAGGUCAAGGUCGUGGUCGAGGUCGUGAUCCAGUUUCGGUAGAAUAUGAUAUUCCCAGUACCAGUCAAAGUGGGGGCCGAAGCCAAAGACGAGUUGAAGGUUAUGAUAUGCCUGGCAUUGCUGUGGAGGAUACCUCUUUACCUGAUUCUCCUCCUGUCCAGGAAGAGUACCUUACUCAUGCUUUUCCAGGUGGACCGACUGAUCCGUCAAUACUGCGGAGUUUCAAUAGUCAUGUGGCUGCAGCUAUUUGGCACGGGGAGGAACGAGGGCCCCUAAAGUGUCAUAAUCACUCUUCCAAGAUCCUUGCAUGGCCAUGGUGGUUAGUAGAGAACAACACCAGAUUCAAAGCCAUUAUUGAGCAGUCUGGACUGUCACAAUUAACUCGUUGCACUUAUCGGUUCGUCAACAAGCUUCUAAUCUCCAGUUUUGUUGAGAGAUAGCAACCUGAGACGAACACAUUUCACAUGACAGUUGGUGAGAUGACCUUGACCCUGGAUGAUGUUGGCACUAUUCUUGGCCUUCCCAUUGUAGGCAAAUCAGUCAGCAUACCAGAUGUGACAGAUCAUCAUGGAGUUACAUUACUCAUUUAUGGCUUGGGGAUUACUGAACGUGCAGCACAUGAAGAGGUUUCUUCUGCUGGUGGCAAUUCAGUCAGGCUUGAAUGGUUGCGAAGUCAGUUUGCUGGUGUCACAGAUUCAGACCCCGAGGAGGCUAUACAGUGCGCUGCAAGAGCUUAUUUAUUGUUUCUGUUGGGAUGUACACUCUUCAAUGACAAGAGUGGCGGCAGGGUUCCCGUUGUUUACCUCGGCUUGUUGAUGGAUUUGGGAUCCAUACAUACUUAUGCCUGGGGUGCUGCUACAUUAGCAUUUUUAUAUAGACAGUUGGGGUUUGCUAGCCAGUCUGGGGUUAAGCAGAUGGGUGGUUAUAUGACUCUUUUGGAAGCGUGGAUUUAUGAGCACUUCCGAGCAUUCCGACCUCAUCAGAACAUGGGCUACAAUGAAGGCAUGCC